CGUUUUUCAGGGAUCCGCGGCAGCGCUGCAAAUCUGACCCUUUAAAUCCCUGUAGCUCCGAAAGUAAUGAUCGCAGAUACCCCGUUACAUUUACGAAAUUGCUUUACUAUUAGCAUACUCUUAAUUUAUAUACAAUUUAAAAAACUGUCAUCAUCCCUAUUCACUUAAAUCAUUUUGUAAAUACAUUGUAAAUAUACACAAACAUUAAAAAAACAUAAGAUUUGUUUGUUAGUGAUUGUUUGACACAAAUAAGCUCCAAAACUAUUAGGCCAAUUUAAAAAAUUCUUACAUCUAUGGAAAGCUACAUUAUCAGUGCUAACAUAGGCUUUAUUCAAUCCCCAUAUUCCCACAAGAAGGGAAAACGCAAAUAGUCUCCUUGUUGACUAAUGAAUGAACUUGUAUGGCACUUAUAAAAUAAUUUACUUGUCUGUUAGUUUGGAAAACGUAACUCGCCUUACCCUGAGCCACAACAAGCUGUCAACAGUUCCAGCUGGUCUUGCCAAUCUCAUCAACUUGGAAAUACUCAACCUUGCUAACAACCAUAUAGAGGAGUUGCCUGUUAGUCUGUCUUCUCUGCCCAAGCUCCGUAUACUCAAUGUGUCGCUCAACAGACUGUAUACUUUGCCGAGAGGCUUUGGUGCUUUUCCGGUUUUGGAAAUUUUGGACCUGACUUAUAACAACUUGAAAGAAGAGACACUGCCCGGGAAUUUCUUUAUGAUGGAAAGUCUGAGAGCUUUGUACCUUGGAGAUAAUGACUUUGAAUAUCUACCACCAGAGAUUGGAAACCUCAAGAAUUUGCAAAUUGUGUCGAUGCGUGAGAACGAUCUGAUCGAGGUGCCGCGCGAGCUGGGUCAGCUGGCGCGUCUGCGGGAGCUGCAUCUGCAGGGCAACCGCCUCGUCGUGCUGCCGCCUGAGAUUGGCUCGCUGGACCUGGCCAGCAACAAGGCGGUGCUGCGGCUGGAAGGCAACUUCUGGGUGCCGCACAUCGAGGACCAGAUCAAGCUGGGCCCCUCGCACGUGCUCGACUACCUGCGCUCGGAGACCUACAGAGUGUUGUACAGCCGUCACAUGUCGGCCAAGCCGCCGCCGCCGCCACAGACUCUCGACAAAAGCAAGAAGGCGAGUCGCGCCAGGUCGUAACUCUACGCUACUAACUCAUCUACCUUCUCCCAUCCGUCAUCGCGUUCGGUCUAUACGUCCGAGAUGAUGGAUGGGAAAAGAAGGGUGAGGACAGACGACGGACUGCUGGCAAACUUGUGACUCUAUAUUCUGAUAAUGAAUCCAUUAAAGUGCGGCCGCUCAGAGAUUGCGUUUCUGACAGAUCGUGAUCGAAUAGGCGAUGUAACUUCGAACUGACGCGCCUCUACCUUUUCCAAUACAUCUUUUUUGUCUAUACUACUAAGAGGAUGUAUGGGAAAAGAAGGAUGAGGACAGACGACGGACUGCUGGCAAACUUGUGACUUGUCAUCCAUUAAAGUGCGACCGCUCAGAGAUUGCGUUUCUCACAGGUUGUGAUCGAAUGGGCGAUGUAACUUUGAACCGUUUCAAGGUUAUGCCAACUGUUUGUCUUUUUAGUAAUGAGACUAAAACGAGGCAAUUGUAAUUGAAUAUGUUUGUCCCAUUCAAUCAUGACCUUAGUGUUGUUAAAACUAUAAAAUUUUUUCAAGUAGUACUUUUUUUUUUGCUCUUCUACGAGUAGUUUGUAAUUUAUAAUAGUAAAAUGCUACUGUCUGUUAGUGUUUCUAAUAUUCUGAAAAUUAUUUACUGAUUUGUAUGUUUUUUGCUCGAAUCACAGAUUAAUCAAUAAUAUACAGAUACAGCGUACGGCACACGACAGUGUCGUAGCCGCUCCAAAUACGAAUUUCAAAAGUAAUACAUUCUCGAGUCAGUACGACACGAACCGUCGCAUCAGUAAUUUUCAAUAUUAUUCAAGAAAAAUGGCGUCCUAUGUUUUUAAAUGUAUUAAAAACUGUUCACAAAAACUAAAGAAAUAAGAUGGAGGAUUAUUCAUUGGUAAUUAUUGGUUAUUAUAUUAAUUUACGUAAUUGUUGUUAGUGUUAAAGUGAAAUAUAAAUUAUGAAAAAUGUUUGUAUAUGCGGUUUCACCGGCUUCAGUAUGUGCUUAUAAAGAAUCACUCUGGUUACUCUGUGGCUCAAAUACAAAAAUAAAAUCCAAAUUACCAUAUAUUGGACGGAAUAACAAAUGGAUUUUAAUUAUUAGAAGUAAGCAUAGCAUUGCGGAAUAAGUAUAGCAAACUUUAAUAUAUUUUAUUGAUCAAAUACAUAAUUAAUAUUAUUUUAAUAAAAUAUUAUGCAAGAAAUAUAUAAUGCUAACACAAUUUUUAUGCUUAAAUGUGUUGCAGUUGACUGCCAUAGUAAAUGUUUUGAUAUUUUGUCAUACAUCUUCAAUCUUGUCUUAUGCUGUCAUAUUAAAAUGUUGCUUCAUGUUGCCAUACUAAAAUGUGUUGCUAGAUUAGAUUUUAAAUAACAAUAAUUAUGUAUUUUUUUUAAUUAUGUAAGUGUUUUUUUUUAUAUUGCUUAUAGUAUUAACAAAUGCUGAGUUUAAUUUAUUAAUUGUGAAAGUGUUGUGUGAAUGUACUUUUGGUAAAUAAAUGAAAAACAAUUGUCAAUUUCAUACAAAAUGUUUAUUUUAUCUAUAAGUAGGUGAACACAAAAUAUUAUACAUACAAAUGUAAACAUAGCAUUUAUAUAAUAAAACAAAGAGAGCGAUCAUAGCUAUGGUGCUACGUAACUAAUUAUUGACAUGUUAAUUGUGAAAAUUUAAACUAUUUAACAAAAUAAAUAAAUAUUACUAACAGAAA